AUGCAUAUUCUCAAGGUCUUCUUUGGAGUUGUUGGAAAUGCCACUGCUCUGUUCCUCUUCUUGGCUCCCAUCAUCACAUUCAAGAGGAUCAUACAGAAGAGAAGCACAGAGCAGUUCUCAGGCAUUCCGUAUGUCAUGACUUUGCUUAACUGCCUCCUCUCCGCUUGGUAUGGCCUGCCCUUUGUGUCCCCAAACAACAUCUUGGUCUCAACCAUCAAUGGUACUGGUGCAGCCAUUGAAGCAAUAUAUGUGUUGAUCUUCAUCAUAUUUGCCCCCAAGAGAGAGAAGUUCAAGAUUCUUUGCCUCUUCACCUUUGUGCUUGCUAUCUUCUCCACUGUGGCUUUGGUCUCAGUCUUUGCUCUGCACAGCAAGGCCAGGAAGCUCUUCUGUGGGCUUGCAGCCACCGUAUUCUCAAUCAUCAUGUAUGGCUCACCUCUCGCAAUUAUGAGCACAGUGAUCAAAACCAAGAGUGUGGAAUUUAUGCCAUAUUUUUUGUCACUUUUCUCCUUCUUAUGUGGCACUUCAUGGUUCAUCUUUGGCCUACUUGGCCAUGACCCUUUUGUUGCUGUGCCAAAUGGAUUUGGAAGCGGCCUAGGGGCACUGCAGCUGGUCUUGUACUUCAUCUACCGCGACAGCAAGGGAAGCACAGGCAGUAUCAAGAAGCCCAGUUCUAGUAGUACUGCUGCUACUGCUGAUGAAUCAAUGGAGAUGGGCGUUGCAAAGCCCCACCAAUCAAAGCAAUCAAUUGCCAUCAAUGGUGCUCAAGAUGGGCAGCCCUAG